ACCGCCCGAGGGGGUCAACGAUGAGUAUGACUAGAUUCGGAUUGUUGGUGGUGACCUUGGUGGUCUUCACUACGGGAUCAGCUUUAGGUCAGCAGAGUGACGACAAAGAGUGGUGGGAGUCGACGGUUUUCUAUCAGAUCUAUCCGCGAUCAUUCUUUGACAGUAAAUUGAACGAUGGUGUGGGUGACAUCAACGGAGUAACCGCUAAGUUGCAGCACCUGAAGGACUUGGGCAUAGAAGCCACGUGGUUGAGUCCGAUCUUCUCGUCGCCACAGGUGGAUUUCGGCUACGAUGUGAGCAACUUUAUCGAGGUUGAUCCACUAUUCGGAACCAAUGAGGAAUUAGAAAAUUUGUUUGCUGAAGCCAAGAAGCUGGGCAUUAGGAUUGUUCUAGAUUUUGUACCAAACCAUUCCAGUGAUGAACAUGAAUGGUUCAAGAAAUCGGAACGCCGAGAGGACCCAUACACGAAUUAUUACGUUUGGCAUGAUGGUAAGACGAAUGCUCAAGGGCAGCGAAACCCUCCGAACAAUUGGCAAUCAGUGUUCUACGGAUCGGCUUGGCAAUGGAGUGACAUUCGUGGCCAGUACUAUCUGCACCAAUUUGCCGCCGGGCAGCCUGAUUUGAACUAUCGCAAUGAGGCGGUGGUUCGGGAGUUCGAUGAAAUCUUGAGAUUUUGGAUGCGGAAAGGUGCAUCCGGAUUCCGAAUCGAUGCCAUCAACCACAUGUUCGAGAUAGAAGACCUCCGCGAUGAGCCAAUCAACGAUGAGCGGGAUCCCAACAGCUAUGGGUAUACGCACCACAUCUACACCAAAGAUCUGCCGGAAACGUACGAAGUGAUCGGAAGAUGGCGAAAGGUUAUCGACGAUUAUGUCAAGGAAAAUCAAGUUGAGCAGAUCAUCAUGAUGACCGAAGCGUAUACCAACCUCACGAUGCUGAUGCGAUUCUACGAAUCGGAAGACGGAAAGCAACCACGGGCACACAUUCCGUUCAACUUCGCUAUGAUCGAGGAACUUAAUAGCGAUUCCUCAGCUUACGAUUUCAAGUAUACCAUUGACAAGUGGCUAGAAAAUUUGCCUCGUGGUAAAAUUACCAACUGGGUGCUCGGCAAUCACGACAAGCCAAGAUUGGCAAGUCGAUACGGUCGAAAUCGAAUCUCCGGAAUGGCUCUACUCGAACUUGGUCUUCCAGGGGUUGCCGUCAUCUACAACGGGGAAGAAAUUGGGAUGGAAGAUUUUCGGGAUAUGUCCUACGAAGAUAGCCUCGACCCACAGGGGUGCAACCUGGGACCAGAGAAUUACAAAUGGGCUUCUCGUGAUCCACAGCGAACACCUUUCCAGUGGGAUGACACCUUCAAUGGAGGAUUUUCUGCCGCACCCAAAACUUGGCUUCCUCUGCAUCCACUCUUCAGACAAGUCAACCUUCACAAGCAAAAGGAAGCCGACUACAGUACCUAUCAGCUCUACGUUGAUGUUUUAGCGAUGCGAAAGGAGCGACUGUUCACUCAUGGAGACUUCCGGUCGAUUGCGUUCAACAGUGAUGUGUUUGCCUUUGUAAGGUUCCUUCGGGAAAACGAAGAUCGUUCCAAUGAUCCGUACCAUGUGAUCGUAAUUAACUUCUCAGAUCAUCCCAGCACGGUCGAUUUGAGUGAGUUGUACCGAUUUGUUGGCGAGGAAGCAACCGUACGGAUAGUCGGUACAGAUUCCCGACACAAGGUGGGAUCCAAAGUCAACACCACUAAUCUGGCCGUUGGCCCUUACGAUGCUCUCGUGGUUGGAAACGUCAGUGCGGCUAGCGCGCUUCAUUUAUCGAUUAGCCUAUUCAUUGCCAUUUUAAUUAAGCAUCUACUGGGGUGAUAUUUCGUUCAAUAUAAACCAUAAUUAAGGUCGCGAUGAGAUUAUGUUUAUCCCGAAAUCCAAUCAAGUGCCCGCAUCGUAUAUCCUUCACGCGUCAAGAUUAAUCUAACUGAUAGCAAACGUCAACUCAUAACACAGUCGUCAAAAAUCGAACACGGCCAAUAAACUGACGAAAAUUAUCAUAUCUUCGGUGCGUUUCUUGACAGCUAGAUAAGUAACAUCACCUCUACAUAUCCAUACAAAAACAUUGCCAAGAGAUAAACUCAGAAAAUAUUGAUUGCCCGUUUGUGUUAUCUCAUCGAUUUGAGAAGGUUAACUGUGAAUAUUUACCAAUAAAACAAAAGCAUGUUUUGCAAUAAAAAACGUGCUGAAUUUGAGAUUGAA